CCUGGACAAAUUCCUGAAUACGCCCCUGAUCCUAGAGAAAUCCCUAAGCUAAAAUACUUACAUUAAUGGUCGUCCUUCUGGUGAUUUUUUCGGACACGGGCUUAAUUUCUACGGAAUAUUGGUUGAUCUUUUGUUCUUAUUUGAUAUCCGGUUUUUUUGUUUAGAUAUCCUACUGGAGAAUAGCAAUGAAUCUGAAUCACGUAGUUUGAACACAAUUUCAGACAUUUAUACAACUUAUAAAAUUAAUAAAAGGCAAAUUGAUGAUCUUAGAGUUAAUAUACUUGGUCUAGUGGAACUAGAGGAUUUGUCUCCGCUAAACCAGGAAAAAUUAGAGGAAUUGGGAAUACUAGAGGAACAGAAAAGAAAAAGAAGAAGGAAAUAAUAACCUCAAAUAGAAGAAUGGUCCUAAUACCUAAUAUUAAUGGCAAAUAUGAUGAUCUUUUCGUUCAGUUCCUGAAUGAGCCCGGGGUUUUAGAAAAUUUAAAAGGAAUUGUCCAAAGGGUGAAAUGUGCCAGAACUGAUUCUGCAUUGCAAAAUAAGUUUAAGAAAUCUGAAAUUCCCUCAAAACCUGAAACAUGUUCUUUGUUUCCACCGAGAUCCCCAAGAGAUCCAUUAAAUAAUGUGCAGGGCACUAGAGUUGGCUGUGGGGAUAAAAGGAGGCUUUCACAAGAUAUGCAUGAUGCACUUUCACAGCUUAAAAUAAAAAGGAAUAUUCAGGAUUUGAAAGAACAAAACAAACUUGAAUUAAGUGAACUGAAUAAUUCAAAACAGUGCUCUGCCAGCCAGCAAUCUAGUUUUCUUAACAGUCGAAUUCUUAACAAAGAAGAUAUUUGCAAACAGUCUUUAAAUCUGAGUCAGGGUCCUGAUAUCUCUCCCUUGAGUGACCUGUCUACUAGUGGAGAUUCAGAAUUAAGGUUUUUAUCGUCAACUUUAGUUGAAUCCCUAGUUAAUGCCUAUGAUUCAAAUAAUGAAAAAUUGGAUGAAUCAUGUGGGUCCUCUAAAACUUUUGUUCCUUCAACAAGACUACAAUCAGAUGUUUCAUUGAAAGAGGAAAACUCUAAACAGACUGUACAUAUAACAUCCAAACCAAUCUUGCCAACAGAUCAAAAAGAAGACAAAUACAGCAAAGGGGAAGGCAGUGAAGACCUAUCUUAUUUACCAAGCGAAGAGAAUGCAUUGGAAAGUUCAGCAACAGCUGGACUGUCCUUACAUCUUUCUCAACUCUCCAUUCACUCAAAUCAGAAAUCAGAAUUUUCCGAUUUUCAUGAUAAAAGUUCAUGUUUGCAAACCAAAGAUAUAGUCAGCAGUCAACCAAUUGCUCAAGUACCUGAACCAACCUCACCAGCAUGUUUACUGUUAAAGUAUACGUCCUCCAAUUCAGCAGAAUCUUUGCCAAUAUCUAUAGAAAGGGUAGCAGCGCCCAUUACUUCUGAAACGUCACUCAAUUUGAUGCCUUCUCCACCCACAGUACCUUUGUCUUCUCCUUCAACAGAGUCACCACAAGCAUCUGAGGAUCCACCCCCCUUGCCCUUUUCAUCUCCGCCUCAGUUAACUUUAUCAUCUCCACUAAUAUUACCUUUACCAUCCAUUUCAAUCACAGCAGAAUCCACGACAGCUUUGUUACCAGCCAUAACAUCCUCAAAACCUGAAAAUUUAUCCACACAAAACACAAGUUCUCCAGAUAAUACUCAUGAGCUCUCAGUUAAGCAUAAGGAAUCUUCUAAAUCUUGUGAUAAUUCCUUCUAUAGAAAAAGGAAGUCUCAAAAAGUUACAAAUUUAUCGCCAAAGACAUCAAAGACAAACAAGUCCUUAGGGCAUUCUUCAGAAGGUCUGAAUAGUUCUUAUGAACCUAGCGUAAAGAAUCAGAUUUCUACUUCAACAACACAAGCUUCCUCUUCUACAAGCUUUGCAUCUUCUCUGGGGUCAGAUACCAUCUCAUCUAUUUCUGGUCCGUCAUCAGAGAAACCUGCUCUUUCUGCUGGCGACCUGAAGGCAACAGUUUGGGACUCAUCUCCUUCUCCUCCUAGGCAUUCUACUCCAAAUCCUCUAAGUCAGGAUUAUGCAAUUUAUGAUAAGUUCAACGAGGAUCAAGAAUUACACGAACCUCAUAAUCAUAUCGAAAGAUCUUGUCCAGAUAAGCCAGCACAUAUUAGAACACUGGCUAAACUCAUUAGCAGAAGGUCCAAGCAAGGCCGAGGAACAGGAUCUGAUAAAAGAAAAUCAAGACAAGUGCAUGUGGAAUGUAAUUCUGAGUGUGAUCAUACUGCAUCCAUACUUCAAAUCCCUGCAUUCUACCUUCCCCUGGUCCCCGUAACAGUGCUUUCCUCUCCCUUCGUUAUUCAAAUUCAAGAGUUUUUUAACUCCAUCAUGGGAAAACUAACUAUAGAAACCGCUGGUCCAUUGUGCAGUUUACUUGAAUUCCCGUUCUACCUGAGAUCAGUUUUAUUCCCUGCAUUUAACAGACCAGUAACAGGAGAGUUUACUUGCACAGAGUUUCUUACAGAGUAUCAAAGACGGGCAAUAUAUCUCCAGGGAGUAGAUAAGGAAGAGGCGGUUUUUAAUAUACUGACGAGGUUUGGACAAGAUAAACGAGUUAAGGCUCACCAGAUUGACAGUAUCGUCAAUGAUGUUAUUCUGUCGGAUCCAAGCUUAGAGUUCUUCCGGCAGGAGGAUUCAUCAUACCAGGACAAGAUGAUGGAUUGCUACAGGAGUACUGUUUUGAUGUCUGUGCUGUAUGCUGGAGAUGGGUGGGCUAGAAGAGAACUGUCAUUUAAACAACUCAAACAAACUAAUUUUAUUGAUUGUCUACAUAAGGUGUAUGUGUACUCAGAUUUGUCCUCUGUGGAGGUAGAACAUUUUUCAUAUGAUCAAUUUUAUGUACUGUACGUUCAGUUCCUCAACCUAGACAGUAAUCAAGAUUAUAUGUUAGAUAAGUUGGAGUUUGAAAAGUCAACUUCAGGAAUGAUGACCAGACUAAUUAUUAACAGAAUUUUUGAGGUGAAUCUAGCGACCUCCCCGAACGGUCUCAUGUCCUUCGAAGAUUUUGUUCUCUACCAGAAGGCAGUUAUAGAUAAAUCUAGUUCAAGUUCAGUGCAUUACUGGUUCAGAGUUCUUGAUCUAGACUGUGAUGGAUACCUCAGUGAGAACGAUUUGUUCACGUUCUUCUUCGACAGCAUGAAGCUGACUAUGUACAUGGAUGAGGAGAUACCCAUACCUGAGAUUAAGUUCAACGAUAUCCUGACACAGUUCGUAGACUCUUCUUACCCGCAGCACCAUCUUAAACAACGUCGUGUAACUGAAACCCCAGGGUUCUCACUUUCAGAUAUCAGGAAGAAUGAAAACUCUAUUCAUCUGAUAGACGCGUUUGUCAACGUUCUGGAGUUUAUUGUGAACGACGAGAAUACAGAUGUGACCAGGAGAAGGAAGAACACUCCGUGGAUCAAUUUCAUCAGGGAGUCAUUGCUAGACCUAGACAUGGAGGAGGAGUAGAAGAAUUCUUGUUGGAGUACGAGAAUUCCUGGAUGAGGAGUAGACGAAUUCCGAGAGGAGUAGAAGAAUUCCUGUAGAAGGAGUAGUAGAAUUCCGGAGGAGUAGAAGAAUUUGCUGGAGGAGAAAAAGAAAGCCUAGUGGAGGAGUAGAAGACUUCCUGAAGGAUGAGGAGGAGAAGAAUUACUGAAGGAGGAGAAGAAUUCUUAGAAGAGUAGGAAAAUUCCUGGAGGAGGAGGAGAAUUCAUGGAGGAGGAGUAGAAGAAUUCCUUGAGGAGAAGUAGAAUAAUUCCUGUAGGAGGAGUAGGAGAAUUCCUGCAGGAGUAGGAGAAUUCCUGCAGGAGUAGGAGAAUUCUUGGAGGAGAGUUGUAAUGGGACCAAAGAAUUUAAUAAGUACUUAUUGGAUAAAGAGUUGAAGAGUAGGAGCUGUAGUCCUUACUAAAGUUGAAGUUUGUGGAGUAAAAUGAAUAUACUAGUCAACCUGUGAUAUUUUUACCUGAUCAAGUAUAUCCACCUGAUAUAUUUACCUGAUGAAGUAUCUCUACUUGAUAUAUUUACCUGAUCAAGUAUCUCUACCUGAUAUAUUUACCAAUGUCUAUGUAAACAUUCCUUCUUUAUGAUUUUUAUUUUUCAGAA